ACCAAACUUUUUUCUAAAACCUUUCGUUGUGAUUUUCUUGUAUAUAGCGAAAUUUAUAAGGGCUAUCUUUGCUUCGGUCAUGUUCUUAAGUAUCUUCGUAUAGCAUGUAAUUUUGUCUUCAUGGAGAAUCUUAUGUCUUACUCUUGUUUUCUUCGAAUGUUCCCCUCUUUGAUAUGUUUUUGGGUCUUCCUUCCUUUUGUGAUAAUGAUGAUGAUGCUCUAUUGAUCUCAACCAGCUACCCCGUAACUCCCCACUUGUCUCUCCUUCUACACCACCACCUAAUGUUCCUAUGAGUUGCUCCCUGCAAUCCAUGUUGGAUAUGCCACUUAAGUUGCAUCAAGAUUAUGUUACCUACAGGGUUUAUCCCAUUCUCAUCCCCACUGGCUACUCCCAAGCCAAGGGGAAUCCGAAUUGGGAAUGUGCGAUGACUGAAGAGAUCGAUGUUCAUCACACCAAUCAGAAUUUACUUGUCGUUCCUAGUCCUUCUCUAGUUGUGGAUUCUCGUUGGGUGUUUAUCAUUAAGUUUAAGCAUGAUGGUUCCCUAGAUCGCUAUAAGGCUUUUGUAGUUGCCCAAGGAUUCAGUCAAGAAUAUGGUGUUGAUUUUGAAGAGACAUUUGCUCAUGUUGCUGAAAUGGUCUUUGUCAGUUCUCUUCUUGUUGUAGCUUUACUUCGUUAGUGACCCCUUUAUCAGCUUGAUGUGAAGAACAACUUUUUACAUGGUGAUUUCAAGGAAACUGUCUAUAUGGAGCUUCCGCGUGGUUACUCUCAUGGCUCCUCUAACAAGGUCUGUUUGCUUAAGCGUUCUCUUUAUAAUCUCAAGCAGGCACCGCGUGCUUGGUUAGACAAGUUCCAGUCUAUUGUCUUGGGCUUGGCUUUUCGGCAGAGUCUUAAUUAUCGGCCUCCAUGCCUGCCCACCGCUCCUCGUGCGAUCUUAUGGAGCUCUCUCUGUGUUGAUGACAAGAUUGUUAGUGGUGAUGAUGCGGCCGGGAUUAAGGCUCUUGCUCAAGGGUUGCACGCGUCCUUUACAUUGAAAGAACUUGGUGCGCUCUCUUACUUGUUGAGUCUUAAAUUACAACGAUCUAAGGCUAGUAUUCUUCUCCGUCAGAAUAAAUACAUUGAUGAUCU